AUUUGCUCGUGCUUCAUUUCUAUGGUGAUCCGUCAUAACACAAAUAAAGCGAAAAAUAUGCGUAUUUUCUCUUCCCAUUGUUCGGUGAAACAAUGAACGAGACCUUAUUGUAAGUACAAAAAGUCCUUUCAUUUUCAAGAAUGGACAUAGUGAGAAAUUUCAGUUUAAAAUUACAGCUUCAAUCAACCCCGACCCAGAAUUCGUUGUGAUACACGAAAGUGAUGGAACGGUAUCUAAAGAUUGUCAUUUUACUUACAAUAGCAAAUGGAAUGGAAUGUACAGUCGACGGCAGGUCAUACAUGGAUCCAUUAGACAUGCGACCUUUGGAAAACAAAUUACGCCCUGGCGAGGAUCCUUGCAAUCCCUUGUACUGGUAUCCCAGGAACAUUCCAGAAUAUUGCAAUUACAAAGUGACGAAUAAGCCUGUGAUUAAACCUCCAUUACCGAUGCCGUUACCGGUACCGAUACCGAUGGUACCACCACCUCCACCUAUACCAAUACCGGUUCCCCCAAUGCCCGCGCCUUAUCCCAUUUUCCCCGUACCGCCCUUACCUUACGGAAUACCGAUUAGUCCGACGAAUCCUAUGAUACCAGUUAUUCAAAACCCAUAUAUGCAAUCUAUGUAUCCAAUUCCUGGUUUUCCCAGUGCCCCGCAAGCAGGAAUGGUACCGGGUAUACCGGGUAUGGUGUCUCGCGAUGGUGGUAUCAAUAUCCUACCAUUUUCUGAUGUUUACGCCGAUAUGUUGGAGAAACACAAGAACAAAAUGAUACGACGGAAACUAGCUAGAAUCAUUGGUGAAUACAAAGAUUUUCCGAAUAGAAAAACUUACAAGCGACUGAAUAAGUUUAGGGAAAUGUAUUAAUUCAAUAUAAUAUUAUUUUGGAUUUGUUUAAA